AUGAAUGCUCACUUAGAGAGGUUAGAGAGGAGGAUUGGAGAAAAAGAAAGAGAAAGAGAGCAUAAAAGAUCAAAUGAUGAGGAGCCAUGGUCGCACGCCUCACGGCGGGGUCAUGGAAGGGAUGAGAGGAGAAGUGAUGCGGAAAGCCUACGAGCUAACCGAAUGGAGGAGCUAGAUCACCGGAGGCCUCGGAGGAGAGGAGGAAGAAUUGAAGCCCGGGGGAUAGAGAUUGAGAGGUGGAUAGAAGAAGAGGGACCUAGCCAUAGUGAAGAGGGGAGUGAACCCGAGGGAGAUCCAUUCCAUGACCAAAGGCCUAUAGGCCGGAGGAACUUCAUGGAAGGAAGAAGGAGGAAUGAAGACUAUGAUGAAGAUUAUGCUAGGGGCCCAAGACACCAAGAUAGAGGGCUAAGAAAACCGAAGAUUGACUUUCCCAAGUUCGGCGGUGGUGAUCCUUAUGAAUGGAUGGACAAAGCCGAGCAAUAUUUUGAUGUCUAUGAAGUACCAAGGAGGGAUCGGGUCACAUUAGCUAGUUUCCAUCUUGAGGGAAGAGCUAGCCGGUGGUGGAGGUGGAUCCGUGACCUAUAUGAGAAAGAUGGCAAGAGGCUUGGGUGGACGGCCUUCGUGAAGGAGUUCAUGUCACAAUGGGGGCCUUCUCCCGUUGUGAAUCAUCAUGGCCAACUCGCCAAGCUAAAGCAAGAAGGAAGAGUGCAAGCAUAUAUUGAUGAGUUCCGGCUUCUACAAACCAUGGUGAGUGGAUGGUCGGAAGAAGCAUUGUUGGGCACUUUUCUUGACGGCUUGAAGCCUUGGCUUGCCAAGGAGUUAAAGUUGAAGCAACCGGCAAGAUUACAAGAAGCUAUGAGGAUGGCCGAGAUCUUGGACCAAAGCUAUGGCAUGGAGAAGAAAAUGUCCAAGGAAAGCUUCAACAACAAGGCCUCUACAUCACUACCACCGAAGGGGCCUUGGAAGGGGAAAGAAGAAGUGAAGAAGUACAAGGAGCGGCCUCAACAUGUCAAGAAGCUUUCUAGAGAUGAGCUCCAAGACUACAUCAAGAAGGGACUAUGCUUCAAAUGUGGUGACAAGUGGAGCCGGGGCCAUCAAUGCAAAACCGGUCAAGCUUUCCUUCUAGAUGUGGGCUCCGAGGAGGAGGAGGCUACCUCGGAGGCUUCGGAGGAAGAAGAUGAGGAGGAGCAAGACCAUGGGGCUGAUUUUAGCCCGAGAGAAGAAGAGGCCGAGCUAUCCUUGCAUGCCAUGUCCGGAGUACAAAGACCGUCCACCAUGCGUUUGAUGGCAUGGGUGGGCAAACAUGAGGUAUCUCUCUUGGUAGAUAGCGGUUCAUCCCAUAAUUUUAUCAACUCCGGAAUAGUGAAGAAGGUUGGAUUGAAAGGGGCGACCGUGGAGCCCUUUGAAGUAAAGGUCGCUAGUGGGGAGAAGCUCAAAUGUCAAGAGGUGGUAAGGGAUGUUCGCAUGAAUAUCCAAGGAGUAAGGGUCAAGGCCGACCUACAUGUUCUUCAACUAGUCGGCUUGGACGUGGUGUUGGGCAAUGCUUGGCUCAAAGGCUUGGGGAAGGUGCUAACCGACUAUAGCACCAUGACUAUGGAGUUCAAGCUUGGAGGCCAAAAGAAGAAGUGGACCGCCAUGAGCAACAAAGAGGUGCGGUCUUGCGAAGCCAACAUGAUAGAGAAGCUAUGCAAAGGAGGAGCUUCUUGCUAUGCCAUUGUGGUGACCGGCCAACACCAAGAAGAAGACAAGAAAGAAGAUGAGUUGGAGGGCAUCCCUCCAAAGAUCCGAAGCUUAUUGGAGGCUCACCAUGAUGUUAUGAAGGUACCCACAUCUCUCCCACCUCCAAGAAGCUUUGAUCACCCUAUAAGAUUGAAGAAUGAAGCUACACCGGUGAACGUUCCACCCUACCGGUAUGCUCAUUUUCAAAAAGAGGAGAUAGAGAGACAAGUGGAGGAGAUGUUGAAGCAAGGAUUGAUCCGCCAUAGCACAAGUCCCUUCUCAUCUCCGGUUCUACUUGUGAAGAAGAAAGAUGGCACAUGGAGAUUUUGCACCGACUACCGGGCCUUGAAUGAAGCAACUAUCAAGGAUCGAUUCCCCAUUCCCACGGUGGAUGAGAUGCUUGAUGAACUACAUGGUGCAACGGUCUUCACCAAACUUGAUUUAAGGGCGGGGUACCACCAAAUUCGAAUGAAGGAGGAAGACAUUCACAAGACGGCAUUCCGGACACAUUCGGGCCACUACGAAUAUCUUGUCAUGCCAUUUGGCCUUUGCAAUGCUCCUUCCACAUUUCAAGCUACAAUGAAUGAGGUAUUCCGGCCUUACUUGAGGAAGUUCAUGCUAGUAUUUUUUGAUGAUAUCUUGGUCUACUCCCACUCUAUGGAAGAGCAUGUCAAACAUUUGGAGGUUGUGUUAUCCAUCUUGGAGAAGCACCACUUCUACAUCAAGCCUUCCAAAUGUGCCUUUGCCCAAAAGGAGUUAGAAUAUUUAGGGCACAUCAUAUCGGGAGAAGGUGUGAAGGUGGACCAAAGGAAGAUUGAGGCUAUGGUGGAUUGGCCUCUACCCAAGAACAUCUCGGCUCUUAGAGGGUUCUUGGGAUUGACCGGGUACUAUCGGAGGUUUGUGAAGAACUAUGGGUUGAUUGCUAGACCUCUAACUUCCAUGUUGAAGAAGGGAGAAUUUGAAUGGACUCCGGAGUCGAGAGAAGCAUUUGACAACUUGAAGAGGGCCAUGACUCAAACACCGGUCCUAGCACUUCCGGACUUCUCUAUUCCAUUUGAAGUCUACACCGAUGCAAGUGGAGAUGGCAUCGGAGCGGUCCUUGUGCAACAAAAGAGGCCCCUAGCCUUCCUCUCCAAAGCCUUGGGCCCCAUGAAGAAGGCGUGGGGAACAUAUGCAAGGGAGCUACUAGCAUUGGUGCAUGCCGUCAAGGUAUGGAGGCCCUAUUUGCUUGGGAAGAAGUUCACUAUUAUCACCGAUCAACAAGCAUUAAGGCAUCUUUUGGAGCAAAAAAUUGUGACCCCGGAUCAACAAAAAUUCUUAGUCAAACUACUUGGCUUUGAAUAUGACAUUGUAUACCAACCGGGGAAGGAGAACAAGGUGGCGGAUGCACUAUCAAGGAAAGAAGGAAGCCCAAUGCUUUGGGCGGCCGAAGGAGAAGAGCCUACUUCCAUGGCUCUUAGUGGGAUCGAAUGGAGGAUUUGGGACCAAAUCCGGGAGGCAAACAAGCUUGAUGCUCGAGCCUUGGAGAUCAAAGAAAAGAUUGAAGCUUCAACCGAGGGGGUGGCCAACUACAAGCUCAAGGAAGGACUCAUCAUCUACAAAGGGUAUGUCUAUGUACCUAAUGUCCCUAAUUUGAGAAGAAACAUCCUUGAUCAUUUUCACAAUAGUAAGGAGGGUGGACACUCGGGUUGGUUUCGCACUUAUAUCCGAGUUAAGCACUUCUUCUAUUGGGAGGGACUUAAAGCCGAAGUCAAGGCAUUGGUGGCCGGAUGUGAAAUUUGCCAAAAGAUCAAGUAUGAUCCAAGGGCACCAAUGGGUCUUCUUCAACCACUCCCUAUUCCAAGUAUGAUUUGGGAAGACAUCUCUAUGGAUUUUGUUGAAGGAUUGCCUACUAGCAAAGGGUAUGAAGUCAUCAUAGUGGUAGUGGACCGACUAAGCAAAUAUGCUCAUUUCAUCCCCAUCAAACACCCCUACACGGCCAAGUCAGUGGCUACAUCAUUUGUGGAGUCGGGAGCAUAUUGA